CGUAAAUCCGCCAUGUUUUCGCUCCUCGCAGCGGCGUUGCGACAGGGACGGAGAAUUCGAACGACAUGAAUGUAGAAAAUAAUCAUACGGCAGAAACUGAGAGUGAGCAAACGACGGACGGCAGCGAGACGAUCACCAUUCAGACAACGCUGGGAGAUGAAGAUGAAGAUGUGCACAAGUGCGGGCGCUGUCAGUCCGAGUUUUCGGCGCUGGAGGCUUUCAUCCAGCACAAGCUGCAACACAACUGCAAACGCGUGGAGGCACAGGAGGCCAGUCAAGAGGUUACCAAUGGAAGUUCUUCUUCUGAGAUGAAAACCGCUGAAGUUGCAUCUUCUGAUGAUCCCUUGAAGACUACUCCUGACACGUUGGGUCGAGGUCGCAGGAACAAAACUGUUUCACUGAAAGUCACCGACCACUCGGAUGGGACCGAAGGAUCCUUAUCUGACAAUGCUGACAGUGAAAACAAGACUGUUUACAAAGUCACAGAAGAGGGACGCUAUAUUUGCCAACUUUGUGACAAGACAUUUAAAACCACCAACAUCUUGAGGACUCACAUGAAAACUCACAGCGACCAGAAGAACUUCUCAUGUGACCUAUGUGGGACCUCCUUUCGCACAAAAGGCUCCCUGAUACGUCACAACCGCCGUCACACCGAUGAGCGGCCUUAUCGUUGUACCCUAUGUGGUCAGUCCUUCAGAGAGUCAGGUGCCCUCACCAGACACCUUAAGGCCCUCACACCAUGCACAGAAAAAAUCCGCUUUGUUCAGUACAAGGAGAUCUUGGUCAGCAAAGACGGAGUACAAAAAGGGGUCGUAGAGGAUCUUGUUGCAGCGGCAGCUCAGCAGCAUCAGGUAGUGGUUGUGGAGGAGCCGGAGGAGCAGGAGAUGGUUGAAGCUCAGACUGCUGUCGUCAGUGUGGUGGAGGCUGGUUCCCAAGAGGUUCUCCAUCAGGUUCACUUCACAAUGGAGGUGAAUGGAACCACACAGGAGCAACAGGUCGUGGUAGAGCAGUCUCAGGCCGAAGCUCUGGCUGCUGCUGCAGCAGCAGGCGACAACCUCAUCUGCCAGGCAAUCAUCAAUUCUGGCAUUGCGCUGGCGCCAGGGGAAGCCGUGGUUGAGGAGACCUCACCGACACCUGAGGAAAUCGAUAAAGUGGUUUCCGACUGUCCGGAUGCUGAUGAGGAUGAGGAUGAUGAUGAUGAUGAUGACAACGACGACGACGACGACGGUGUCACUGAGAUCCAGGUGAAAGAAGAGUUUGUGGAGAUGGAGACAGAGGUAACCACGUCUGCACUAGACGCAGGUGAUGGAGUCAGUCAAACAUCCUUUAAAUUAUACACAUGUCCGCACUGUAAUCGCUCCUUCAAGGGACUGAAUUACUUCCGCUUUCAUGUCAAGGGCCACUCGGGUUACAAGCCCUUCAGGUGCACACUAUGCCACAAGGAAUUCCUGACUGGUUACCUGCUGAAGAAACACAUGGAAGUCCACCUCAGUGAGAGGAGGUACAAGUGUGGCGAGUGUGGCAAGCUGUACAAAACCAUCGGGCAUGUACGAGAGCACAUGAGGGCGCACUCGGAUGAGAGACCCUACCGCUGUGCCAGAUGCAACAAAGGAUAUAAGACCAAGAACGCCUUGCAGGUGCAUCAGCGGACCCACGGCAACGAUAAACCUUACGUGUGUCAGUUCUGCUUGAGAGGCUUCAGGGAGAAAGGUUCCCUUGUGCGACACAUUCGCCACCACACCGGAGAGAAGCCUUUCAAAUGCCCAAAGUGUGCCCGAGGCUUUGCUGAGCACGGGACUCUCAAUCGGCACAUGCGCGCGAAAGGAGGUUGCCAGAAGGACAAUCUCUGUGAGCAGCAGGAUGUGGAAACGGAGGAGAAAGAGUCUGCAGACAGUCUCGCUACAGCCGCCAUCAUGUCAGAGGAUCCUCACGCUGUCCUGGUGGAGUUCUCCUCUGUGGUGGCAGACACACAGGAAUACAUCAUCAAGACUCAAACUGAGGAGGAGGUGAAGGAAGAGGUUACAUUCAUUCAAGACAGUCAAAAUGAGAUGGGAAACCAUAUCAUGAAAGUAGUGCAGCAAAUUGUCAGCCAGUCGCAUGGCGCCGGCGGCACAGGCAGCCACCAGAUCAUUGUACGCAACAUGGCGAUGGACGAGGAGAGCGCAUCCAUCUCUGACUGCGGUGACACGAUCACCAUCGCCACACCCGAGAGCCUCACUGAGCAGGUGGCCAUGACGCUGGCCUCCGCCAUCAGUGACGGCACGCUACUGGCCACGGCGGGCACCGUGGAGACGGCGGACGGGACAGUUACUAUGGUUACCACGGAGGAAGCGGUGGAGGAGGGAAUGCAGAUGGUGCAGCAGGAGGAGUACGUCAUUACGUCCCCAGAGGAGGUGGAGAUUCAGACUGUCAUUGUAUGAUUCAUGAGGAUGCUAACUAUGAACUGAUGAAUUUUGGCCGGACGGGACUUGUGUAGCUGAUUACUGUAGAGUUUAUAUGAGCCUCGUCUGCGAUUGGAUUAUGAAACAAAGGUUUAUAGGUCCAGAAAUAGACAUGCAUCUCUGUGUGGAACACAAAGACCGUGCAUGAGGAAGAGUUCUAUCCUUAAUCUCAUGUUGAUUGAUUUACUAAAAGGAAGCACCGCAUUAUUCACAGUAUUCUUGCUAAUUUCAGAAUGUUUAGGCGUGUACAGCUUAAAGAUAGGGUUGGUAAUCCGGAUAAACUAUCAUGAGCAUGUUUUUAGCUAAAACCCAGCCCAGUAUUUGUUCCAAUGCAGCCAGCAGAAGUAGCUCCAAAAGUCCCUGAAUUGAGGGCGAACGUCACCCAGUCUGAGUUUCUUUAGGCCUCCUUCCAAAGGCACACUCCCACCCAAAAUGAUCACAACUUGCAUAAAACAACAAACAUGGCCGUUUGAGAAAGGCCAAAUGAGUGAUUGAAUUGGAGGAUUAGUCAUGCAACAGUCGCCAGAUUCUUUUCAAUAUUUUGUCAGGAGCAUUUCAUUUGUCUGGAGGUAGAAAUCAAAUAUAACAAAACGAUUACCAACCUCACUUUAAACUGACCUAACGACGUAUAUCUCCAUAAGCUUGUACAAACUGAAGAUAAUCUGUCUUGGUAGCCGGGUCUCUGUUCUCUCUUGCGGUCAAAAGCGAAGCUCCAUCUUACGGGGUCAUUCCCUCGUGUUUUCCCCUCUGUGCUGCUCUCUACAGUAAAGUUUUGGAAGUCGUCAUUGUCAAAUUGAAAUGCGAUGCCCUUUAAAGACCGACUAAUCCAAGGCUCCGCGCUCGUGCCUGCCUGUGUGAGGCCCUGUGUGAGACUAUGAACGUCCCGUGGCACAGUGCUUAAUAAGUGUAAAGGUCUAGGAUACACCAGACAUUAAGAUGUGGUCAGUUUACUUAAGCAGAGUUUACACCAAAUAAAUGCUAUUUUGUUAUACA